AGCAACAGACAAAACACCUGUAUCAUUAUCGAUUAUCACAGCUACUGCUUACCCAGGAAGUCACCUAUCGAACGGUGUAAUCAAAAGCAUCAUCCCUAGUCCGCCGAUGACUAGGCUGGCUUGCAUGUGACAACCUAGAAUCAGUGUUUAAUUGAACGGCAUCUCAUCUGACCACUCAAUUAGCAACAGUUUCCCCUUAUAAGACAGGGGGCGACGGGCAAAACCUGGUCAGUGGUCGAAUUCUGUACUCGAAGAGAACUGGUAAAGCACUCUAGAUUGUGCCUUAGUUCCGAACAAUGUCCGUGCUUACGCUAUGAAACCGUCGGUGGUGCUGUCGUUUCUCGUUUGGUUGUGUACUCAGUACAUGUUUCAAGUGAUUGAAGGAGCCAUGACCAUGAAGCAACUGACGAAUUCGAUGGAUAUGAUGCGUGGAGCGUGUGCUCCGAAGUUCAAGCUGGACGAAGUGGAGCUGCAUGGAUUACGAAAGUCCGUGUUUCCACCGGAUCCGGACAAAGAGCUAAAGUGCUACACCUUGUGCAUCGCACAGAUGGCUGGAACUAUGACAAAAAAGGGAGACAUCAGCUUCUCGAAAACCAUGGCUCAAAUCGAGGCGAUGCUGCCGCCUGAACUGAAAACGAUGGCCAAAGAAGCGCUAACAAGUUGCAAAGAUAUACAGCUAUCCUACAAGGAUCCGUGCGACAAGACGUACUUUUCGUCGAAAUGUGCCGCUGAUCAUAGCCCGGACUCGUUUAUGUUCCCAUGAACGCUGGGUGUAUAAGGACGAAUCGGAAAUCGUAACGGACCGCGGGCAGGAUAAUAAUGGGAUUAGGUUAUUUACAUCAUUUCGAUAGUGGCUUUCGGGGUUAAUGGUAGUAGCGCACCUUACGCACUUACGUUAAUAUUUCGAAGAAGGUUAUUUACUUUAUGCUGCUGCCUGUUGAAAUAAAAAUGUAUCAAGC